CGCGUUAUCUUUCCUCCCGCUCAUACAGUUGACCCCAAGAUGGCUGCUGUACACGCAACUCACACGCUGAAGCCAGACCGAGCUCUCAUCGAUGCCAAUUUUGAUGGAUACAAGCUGUCUUUGGAGCCGCUUCCUCAGUACACUGUGUCCCUAAGUACAGGUAUCCAUGAUGUGAAGUUGGAUGAGGAGGAGUACACCUACCAGCAUAUCCGAGCCUUUGGGAUCCACAACCACCUGGCUCUGGACCAGUGGAACCCUGACUCUGUGUACUAUGUGGACAACAAACACACUGUACAGCAGAUCAAAGUUAUACUGGACACUCAGAUCAACCCUCCCAAACCAGUACUGAAGAUUCCCUGUGAUGAACCACAAGGUGUUAAACACAACAUCACUCUACACUUCCCGUCUCGCGGCUGGUGUGUUCUCGCUGACGGUGCAGGAAAACUCCUGGUCAUUCAGACCCACAACAGGGGCACGCCAGAGGAAGAACCAUGGAAGAUAGUGUUCUCUGAGGAGCUGUGUGAUAAGCAACCUUUCACCCUUCUGCAUUCGUUGGUUGACAUUUCGCACAAUGUGCUGCACAUAGAAGCCCUUCUGUUGCACAUGGACAAAGUGCCUCAAGAACACAAGACUGACUUCACAGUGGUGCUGGAGUGGGUUACCCUGGCCAAACAAGAUGGGACAUCUGGCGGGUUCAAAGUUGAACGGGUGAGGCAGGUGCAGGGGAGGACUUCUCCCCAGUAUGCAGCAAUAGAGUGUGGAGGUAGGGGGCUCUUCAUCGCCAGUGACAGGCCAUUCAAGAUGGUGUCAGACACAGCCAAGGAUGUGGAGAUGGAGGAGGACAGCUCAAAUGGAGAAUCUCCAGCAGCAAAGCAACCAGCCUACCUCUGGGGUCAGACAACAGAAGACGUGAGUGUGAAGUUCACAGUUGAUGAGGGGACCACAAAGUCAGACAUUGAGCUGGUAUUGCAGAACAAGGGAAUAAAAUUUGGUGUGAAGAACAGGGAACAGUUGUUGGAAGGUGAACUGUGUGGGGCUGUAGAUGUGGAGGCAAGCACAUGGACACUUGAGGGACAAGAGCUGGAACUUCUGCUGCAGAAAAAGGAAGAGGGACCAAUGUGGCCUGCAGUUGUCAUGGGGGACACUAGGGGGCAGCUCACACUUGCCCCUGAUCAGGCAGCAGAGAUGAAUGAGAGGCUGAGUGGGCUAACAUCUGAUCAGUUGAACCCCACCCCAGACCCAGACAAGAAGCCAUACAACACCCAGGAGUUGGAGGAGUGUGAUGCCUUCCCAGAGGACUCAGCCAUGCUGGUGAGACUGGAUGGUGAGACCCACCGGAAUACACAUGCUGCAAGCUUGUCCAGUCAUCAAUCCCUGUUUAACGUACAGAUCGACGCAGGAGAGGCGCCGUGUCUCUGUCUGCGGCACGAUGUAGACGCCCUCGUCUGGCAGCCCAAGUCUUCCUCCAACAACUCUGACACCCCCUUCACACACGUAGCUACGUUCAAUGCACUAGGCUAUGUCCAGGCUUCUAAGCGAGACAUGAAGUUUGCCAAGUGUGCACCAAACUUUUCCUAUGCCUCACUGUGUGAUUGCGUGAGGCACGUUUAUGUGUAUCGCCAACCCACCCCAACUGCCAGCCCUGUGCGAAACAGGAAAAGCGGAAGGGUCAUAGGUCAGAUUGCCAAGCAGCAAGUCGUUGCCAUAGAUUCGGUUGAGAAUAUUAUGGGAUUCCAGGUUUCCAAUGAGCGGUUGUUUAUCUUAACAGGCAGCAAACUGAUAACAGUGAGAGUGAACACAGAAGACUGAGUGCUAUUCCAAAAGGAAACAUGUAUCUUUGAAUCUAUAGUACAGCAGAGGAGUAUAAUAUAAUGGAAGAGGGAUUUGCAUGUUGGGAUUUAAAUUUAGGUUGGAGCAUACUAUAGUUACUUUCAUGUACUUAAAGAAUCACUUCACAUAUACCAAACAUAGAACUUGACAUUCCUGUUAUAAGAUUUGUUUCUUUUGUCACUGAAUGAAAAACAAUAACACUUUUGUACAAGUAUGCUCUAAUUUUACUUUUGACAAUGCUGAGUUUUUGUGUCAUUACAGAUAUUACAGUACGUUAGUGUACUGUUCUCUGAAUUGUACAUAUUCAGUUCAGUUCCUAGGCUUAAGUUGAAAAUCAUUGUGCAAACCAUUGUCAUCAGGGUAGCAUAUCAGAUCUAUUAUUAGAAGAAGCUUGGGGAGUGUUGAAACCACAAUUAAAGUAAGCUUGUCAAUGUAGUUUCAUCUGUCACAUACAUGAACUUUUUCCAAUAAAAUGAAAGGGUUUUUGCUUGA